AUGCAUUCUGUGUUGGAAACAAACACCGCACACAAAGAAGCGUUGGAACACGACCGCUUUGCAGACUCGAAAGUCAUCCAUCAGUCGCAAAUUGCUCCCAAGAAGGCCAUACCCAGCGACCUGCUUUGGUGGCCUUGUGUGGGUUGGUCUCUCGGAGGCAGAGACCCUCCUCUGGCCCUAAGCCUGCACGCAUGUCCUGGGCACCCACACAUCCAGCCCUGUGCUGGGCGCCAUGAAGGCCAACACAGCGACAGUGAACAUAAUUUCUCCCCUCUACCUCACCACCAAAUCCAGAAAAACAAAGUGAGCAACUUGAGCUCAAGCAGUAUGUCAUCUCAAACGGCACCUCGCCCUCAAGGUGAAAUUUCACAGCCUCAGUCAUCACAGCAAAAGGCCAACCUCGCUACUCCUGCGCAGCAGAGGAAAAGUAGCCUUGAGCUGGGCACUCAGAAAAAGAUGUGCAACUUCAUCGUGGCACAGGACAUAUUGCCCUUAAUAAGGCUGAUCUCUUUAUCCAAUGGGCAUAGAACACCUUCUCCGUGUAGCUGUGGAGUCCAGGUAUCUGCAUUGGAGGACUUCCAGGAGGAGGUUCCACUUAAACUGGAAGAGUUCAGAGAGACGCCCGGAGGUCCCGCGGAGGGCGGGGACGCGGCGCGCUGGGGUGGGAGCCGCAGCCCCUCGGAGUCUGGGAAACCUGCUCGCGGAUGUGAUGCGGCGACACGGAGACACCUGCGCUCCCGGCACCUGGAUGACGACGGAUUGCCACACGGGUUCUGCUCAGUCACCUACUCGUCCACGGACAGGUUUGAGGGGAACUUUGUUCACGGAGAAAAGAACGGACGGGGGAAGUUCUUCUUCUUUGACGGCAGCACCCUGGAGGGGUACUACGCGGACGACGCGCUGCAGGGCCAGGGCGUCUACACGUACGAGGACGGGGGAGUGCUCCAGGGCACCUAUGUGGACGGAGAGCUGAACGGUCCCGCCCAGGAGUACGACACGGACGGGAGGCUGAUCUUCAAGGGACAGUAUAAAGAUAACAUUCGGCAUGGAGUGUGCUGGAUAUAUUACCCAGAUGGAGGCAGGCUUGUAGGGGAAGUAAAUGAGGAUGGGGAGAUGACUGGAGAGAAGAUAGCCUACGUCUACCCAGACGAGAGGACCGCUCUUUAUGGAAAAUUCAUCGAUGGAGAAAUGAUCGAAGGAAAACUGGCUUCCCUUAUGUCCACUGAGGAAGGAAGACCUCACUUUGAACUGAUGCCUGGAAGUUCAGUGUACCACUUUGACAAGUCGACUUCAUCCUGCAUUUCUACCCACGCUCUUCUUCCAGAUCCAUACGAAUCAGAGAGGGUUUAUGUCGCUGAAUCUCUCAUUUCCAGUGCUGGAGAAGGACUGUUUUCAAAGGUAGCCGUGGGACCUAGUACUGUUAUGUCUUUUUAUAAUGGAGUCCGAAUUACACACCAAGAGGUUGACAGCAGAGACUGGGCCCUUAAUGGGAACACCCUCUCCCUUGAUGAAGAAACGGUCAUUGACGUGCCUGAGCCCUACAACCACGUGUCCAAGUACUGUGCCUCUUUGGGACACAAGGCAAAUCACUCCUUUACUCCGAACUGUAUCUACGACAUGUUUGUCCACCCCCGCUUUGGGCCCAUCAAAUGCAUCCGCACCCUCCGAGCUGUGGAGGCCAAUGAGGAGCUCACUGUGGCCUACGGCUAUGACCACAGCCCCCCAGGGAAGUUUUAGUGGUACCAGGUGGAGCUGAAGGCCUUCCAGGCCGCCCAGCGGAAGUGAAGGACCUGGCUCUGGGCUCCGGAGACCCGGAGUGGAAACUUGGAUCUAUGCACUACGUUUAUCCGACAACGGGACAACCAGGGACUGCUCGCGCUGUGACAUCACAUCCUCUCACUCCGCCUUCGCAACGACUUUCUCGCAUACUAACUAGGUUUGACUGGAUUACUCAUGCCAGAUUUAAAAUUAGCUAGCCUUGCAGGAGCGUCCUACUGAGAGGUAUUGCCGAGCACUUGACAUAAGACAGCGUGAUAUUCUUGGGUGGUUCACAUCUAAAUCUGGACCACACUGAGAUGCCAAAUGAUUAGACUGAAAAAGGGAAAGGGAGUUUUUCAGUCAUUUUUAGUCAGUGGUUUUUCCAUGAUGUUUUUUUUUUUUUUUCCCCUACGGCCAAUGCAAAGUGUGUUGUUAUCACACUUGCAGAUGUGCCGUAUGGAGGAGAGAAUUACUACAUUUUUAUUCUCUGAAUGUAGUAAAAUUUGCCUUCUAACCUUUGAUCUGUAUCUUGCAAUAGAAUGGCUUUGUUUUUUUUUUUUUCCUAGCGCACAGAACCCUACUCUUUCAGCCCUUUCCACCCCUCAGUCCUCCUCUCUAUCUUUAGAUACCUUGGACAGGAGAAAACUUCCCAGUGGGCUUUGCGUCAGUGCCAGUGUGUAGGUCUCUCUGGCUCUUUCUAUAUCAUUGUUUCAUUAUUACGUCCUACUAUAAAGAACCGGCUCGUAGAGCUGGUGUAUUAUUAUAGAAUUAUUAUUCUCGCAUGUAAACAAAGAUAUCUUUGCUUUAAGAUGUGAAAAGACAGAGUUUACUUCGUUUGCAUUAAGUUAUGGAAGAGUUGUAAUAUAUACUUUAAGGAAGGAGAGAGGGAACUUAGUAUUUCUAAGCAGUAACUGUGGCAACUUUGCAAUACCUUCAAUAGUGCUAGUAAUUUUUUUCUCCUGGCAUACACAUUAAAUGUACAUAACAGAGCA